AUGGACGGAGGAAACACCAUCGAUGUUAACGUCGAAGCGGACGAAUCCAGAGAUGUCGUAACGACCAUCCCGUUACUAUUGGCAUUCGAUGAACCGGAAACGGUGGAGCCGAUUAACGAGGAACUCAACUUACCGGAAGCCGAGUCGGAACCUGUACUCCCGCAGGAGCUGGUUGAGAUAUCGGAAAUGCCGUUGGCGGAUACGACUGUGACCACCGUUCGGUUGGGUUCAGGGGCGGACGACAAUCCGUCUGCAGCGGCGGACGACGCCGAAUCCGAGAACGUGGACAUGCGCGGCAGUCGCAGACGAAGCGGUAGCCGUCGUCGCCGUCGCAGCCGCAGCCGGAGCCGUCGCAGCCGCAGCCGGAGCCGUCGCAGCCAGAGUCGGAGCCGCCGUGGUCGGAGUCGGAGCCGCCGUGGCCGGAGCCGGAGUGACGACAGCGAUAUGUCCGUCGUUUUGCAAAUCGCCCAAGACGAGGAGUCCGACGAAUUGAUGGCCGGCGGCAGUCGCGGUGGCCAGAAGUUGGCACGCGGCAGUGAUCGUAAUGGCAGUAAGACGGCACCCGGUGGUCGCCACGUCGGUAAGACGGCAGCGGCCCGCGGCAGUCGCAUCGAUAAGAACCAGUCGUCUCGCGGCGACCGGAAGUCGGCCAAACGCGGUCGCAGAGGCUGGAAAACCGCAGCCAGCAUGCAACCGCGGACGUUGUGGAGCGACCGCUUGCGUCCUCGCAACACUUAUCGUAAAAAAAAAUCUCAGUCAAAGUAA